AUGUGGGGUUGCUCGCUGAGGAACUAUUCAAAACAUGCAUAUCAAAAAACAUUGCUGUUACCCAAGACCAAAUUUCCCAGUAGGUCCAACUUACAGAACGUCUUCGAUCGGCUAAUUCCACAAUCUUCUCAAGCUCUUUACCAGGAACAAUUCGAUUCUUUUUUGGAGAAAUUCGAAGCCUUGACUACAGCAGAAAGGGAGCGUUUCGUACAGGAACGAUUAUUUGUUCUUCAUGAUGGCCCUCCCUAUGCUAAUGGCGAUCUGCAUUUAGGGCAUGCGUUAAACAAAAUCUUAAAGGACAUUAUUUGUCGAUACAACCUAACACAGGGAAAAUAUGUUUUCUUCAAACCCGGAUGGGACUGCCAUGGAUUACCUAUUGAACUAAAGGCUCUAAAGUCACUUGACGCUGAAAAUUGUAGGAUGUUGCCGACAAAAGUUAGAUCGCUAGCCGCCAAGCAUGCUCAGAGGACAAUUAAAUCGCAGAGGCAAACAUUUGAAAAGUUCGCGAUUAUGACCGAUUGGAAUACGCCUUACACGACAAUGCAACGCCAAUUUGAGUUAGAUCAGUUGAAAAUUUUCCAAAAUAUGUUUGAAAAAGGUUUGAUAAAGAGACAGUUCAAACCUGUUUUUUGGGGAACAGUAACCAAGACCGCACUUGCAGAAGGAGAACUUGAGUACAAUGAAAAUCACAAAUCAACUUCUGCUUAUGUUAAGUUUCCCUUGACUCAAAAAUCUGCCUCUGCUCUUGUUCUUCAACAUUCUUUGAAACCGAAUAUACCAAUAAAGUACUUGAUAUGGACGAGUACUCCCUGGACGUUGUUCUCUAAUAGAGCAAUAUGCUUGAACAGAAAGUUUGAGUAUAGUAUUGUGGAGAAGAAUAAAGAGUAUCUAAUUGUUGAGUCGACGUUGAAAGAUAGCAUUUUAAAUGAUGCGCCUCUAGGCCAGACGGUUUCUACUCUCUUUGGCAAAGAGCUUGAAAAUACGUUCUACCUAAAUCCGCUAGUUGGAGAUGAAACACCAAGACCAGUGCUACAUGGCGACCAUGUAACCAACUCAGCUGGUACGGGGCUCGUACAUACUGCCCCAGGCCAUGGUACUGAUGAUUAUUUGAUCGGCGUAGCGAAUGGCUUGGAGAUCUUUUCUCCUGUUGAUCAUGAAGGUAGAUACAAGUUAGAUGACUUACCUUUUAGCUUGCAUGAAACUUUGACGGAUCCUGCUACUCGGAAGCCCAGACACGUACAGGCCAAUGAGACUACGACUCACAUUCUGAAGUUACUAAGUGAAACUGAAAUGCUUUUUAGGGCCAGUGAGUAUACACAUUCGUAUCCAUAUGAUUGGCGAUCUAAAAAACCAAUCAUAAUAAGGUCUACACUCCAAUGGUUCGCGGAUUUGACGAAUGUCAAAUCACUAGCUCUUGAAAGCUUGAAAGCAGUAAAGUUUUUUCCUGAGCGUGGUCGCAACAGGCUUCAAUCGUUCAUCCAAUCAAGAAAUGAAUGGUGUAUAUCAAGGCAACGCUCAUGGGGUGUUCCAAUUCCCGCUUUUUAUAAGAAGGACAAUCCCGAAGAGGUGUUAAUGACCGCUGAAACCGUAGAUCACAUUAUAAAAGUCAUAGAAAAGAAAGGUAUAGAUUCAUGGUUUGCAGAUAAUACCGACAAUAUGGCAGAAUGGAUGCCUGAAAAGUAUCAAAAUGAAUGCCAUUUAUAUCGAAGAGGACAGGACACAGUUGACGUGUGGUUUGAUAGUGGUAGCAGUUGGAAAGUUUUAGAAAAUUUUUAUCUCAAGGAACUAGGUCUUGAAAAACCCCGCGAUCCUCUUGCCAAUGUUUAUCUGGAAGGAUCUGAUCAACACAGAGGUUGGUUCCAAAGCUCUCUUUUGACAAAAGUAGCUUCAACUGGAGAAGUUAGUGCGCCUUACGGCACAAUUGUGACCCAUGGCUUUACUCUUGAUGAAAAUGGUAUCAAAAUGUCCAAGUCCAUAGGGAAUAUCAUUGCCCCUGAUAGCAUUAUAGGUGGGAACACAGGCCUAGCGCUGCCGGCUCUUGGUGUUGAUGGGCUUAGAUUUUUGGUUGCCCAAUCUGACUUUACUACAGAUAUUGUAGCUGGACCAACUGUCAUGAAGCAUGUUGCAGAAGCUAUGAAAAAAUUCCGGUUGACUUUAAGAUUUAUUCUAGGCAAUUUGCAAGUCACAAAUGGAGCCUCGAAAAUCUUAAACUAUGAUCAACUUCGCAAAGUAGAUCAAUACACCUUGUGUAAAAUACAGCAGCUUUUGAAUGAGACGAAACAGAACUACGAGAACUUGAAUUUCUCCAAAGUUUUAAGUGCAACUCUUUAUCAUAUGAAUAACCAUUUAUCCGCCUUCUAUUUCGAUAUUACAAAGGAUGCAUUGUAUUCUGAUGCAGCUCAUUCUCACAAGCGGUUGCAAAUACAAACAACUUUGUAUCAUAUUUUGGACGCUUAUCGAAGUAUAAUGGGCCCAAUUACACCUAUAAUGGUGCAGGAGGCUUGGAAUUACCUUCCUAAAAAUUGGUAUGAACAGGACGAAAGUUCAAAGGGAAACGGAAUGAUCACUUCUCCGUUAGGCAAACCUUGGAAACAACUGAAUAUACGAGACUCAGAGCAGUUACUUCAGGAUUUUGAACACAACCACUUAGCUGUCUUAGAAGCGUUUAAUAUAGCUUUCCACCAACUCAAAGGAGUGACAAAGAGCACACAGACAACGGCUACCCUCUAUUACACUGGGGCUUAUCUACCAUUUACAGAAGAGGAAAUGUGCGACAUUCUUCAGGUAAGUGAUUUCAAAGUUGAAACCCAAACAUGUAAUGAUGGCACUUCAUUAACUCUUCAAAAUGGUGAAAAGGCCACCUUAGUUGUCAAGCGCAGUGAAAUGCAUGAGUGUCCCAGAUGCUGGAAACAUAACUCAAUGAAGGUUGAUGAACUGUGUGUUCGCUGUUCGGACGUAAUCACGUGUUAA